CUUGAAAUGGUCGCCGUUGCACCUCAUCACAUUAAUAGAGAGCAUUAAUAGGGAUUCUACAAUCUUACAUUCGUACUCGAUCAAUACUAUCGAUGGCGAUAGCGAUCCGCAACGGAUCGUGCUUCGACCGGGCCUAACUAGUCGAGCUGAAGUCAUCAAACGAUCUGGGACCUCUUAGAACAACAAGCAACAUCUUUCUAUGACCUGAGCCCUCGCGUUCCGACAUUAUGUCCAGGAAAGAAGUGGUCGGCCUCACCGCUGGACAACUCAAUGGACCGAUUCGGGGAAAUUCUAACACACCACACACGGGUAACCUGCGACCUGCUGCGUCAGCCGAAGAUCCAACUAGGCUAAGAAAGAAGCGAAGGCGGAAUAGGACCCAUGAGAUAUCGGCUGCCAGCCCAGAAUGUCUUCCUGACUCACAGGACAGUAAUAAUGCAGAUCCGGAGGUAGUGCCGGAUUCCCAGUGGGCCUGUCAUUCAGGUAGCUUGUUAUUUCCGCAGGAUUCGCUCCCCAUGGGCAUUGCGACUGCGGAUGCGGAUGAGAAUGACCGGGUGGUCAGUUCUCAAUCGCAAGAACUGAAAGACGAGGAGGAUCUUUUGCAUUUCGAGGCGCAAGUCAUUGAUAUGCCGCCAUCCACCCGUAGAAAGCUUAGCCCAAUAGUCACCUACGAAUCAGAUAGCGAUCACACUGUGACGAGGCGGUCCAGCGUUGAAGCUGAGAUCAAGUUCGAAGACUUUCAUUUCGAUGUCGACGUCAAAGUCGAGGCACCGGAAGAUAGCGAGUCGCGUGAAGAUGUUAACGAUCUCAGCACAGUGUCACAAGACUCUGGGCGGGUUUUGCAAACGACUGGCGAUGGGACUGGCAGCCAGAUUACCAAGGGACCCUCGCAGACAAUCCAUGAUAUUGACGAACAGCCAGCUCGAGCCGCCUGCAAGCCAAUGACGGGGACAGGCGUAUGCGGCUCAGAAGGUGACUUGGAGGCGCCAUCCGUCGCUGCUCCGCGACGGGAUGUCGCUGCCGAGAUCGCAAGCCGACUGGCCGCUAUUGAGGAAGAGGAGCGCCACAAAGCUGCUCUUCUAACCACUGAAAUGGAAACGUUGUCCGAGUCCGAUGAAGACGAGCUCAUGGAUCUGGCAGAUCUACCGAAAGUGUAUGCCCCCCCUCGCAGAUCGACUCGAGUCUUCCGUGUGCCGGAGCCCAAGAAAGUGCAAUCUAGACCGAUCGCUAUUCCUGUCGCUCCUGGCCUGCAAGGUGCCGAUCGAUUUCAAGCAAAGCUCGCUCAGAGAGCUCUGGCCAGGAAAUACCUAGAUGAACACGACGAUUUACCAGAUGAUGGAAGCGGUCUAGUCAGAUCUGCGGACGCUCAAACACCAUUACAAAAGGAGAUAUCCGAAAUUGAAGCUCUGAUAAAUGGCACUCCUGCCACGACAGCCAAAGACGUUCCGGAGCCGGUGCCCCCAACCUUUUUCGAAGGAUGCAGAAGCAAAGACUCCGUCAUCCGGAAUCACUUGUUCGAGCAUUUUGGUUGUAUGGAUGAAGAUCUAGUCAGCUUCGAUAGCUGGCAACGCUUUCUUAGGAAAGCGGUCACGAAAUUUGGUGACGAGGGCAAAACGGUUACUCCCGAAAGUCUUGUCCUCAUGUCACGUAUGAGUGCAGACUUGUCAGAAGGAUAUAUUGUCAUCGCCAGUCACUAUAUCGCCAACGCCACCAGGCAUCUCAAUCCAGCUCAAACACAAUUGGCCGUAUAUGCGAUAUCGGAACACAUCGUUGAAUCGUCAGAGGACUUCGAAACUCACCUCGUGGCCGUCUUCAGCCGAACUCAGGAUUUUCUACGACGAUUGUCUUUAAAUGUUUUGCGAGUCAGUCCGCAUUUGCAGGAGUAUGAGGAUGAUCCUCGCUUCGAGCGGCUGCUCAUUGAGGCAGAAAAGCGUAACUUAUUGCUUUACGAACUCCUUGACGAGUGUACAAAAACAAACGAUCUUCAGAUCAGUCGACACCUUCGGAUGUUAGCUGUCUAUUGGGGAAACACGGGCGAAAUCUUGACUUCGUUGGCCUCAGCCACAACGAACGCGGAAAUCUCCCCACGGCAAGCAGCUCUCGCCUGGUUGGGACGAGUGGAUACUGUCUUGAAAGUCCUGGCAAACGAGAUAGCACCGAAGGCCAAUGACCCUUACAAUCGUCGCAAAGCUAGGGAUAGGGAACGGCUCGACAUGUUGAGAACUCAGAUCAAACGGCGAGGCCAAACGUUCCUUCAGCAAAUCCACCUUACCCAACCGAGGCGAUUGCUCGGUCGCAAGGGCCAGAACUUGGAAGAAACCGCUAUCGAAGCCUUUUUCUUGCCCCCCACGAAAGCUGCUACGACGACCGAACCCUCCGGCUCGCUUAUGCGACCGAAACCAAAACCGAGAUGGAUAACGAAAAUGACGCUGCGAGAAGACCAUCAUCACAGUCAUCACAACCACCAUGCGACCCCACCGAUGUUGAGCCAGCUAGAGCCGAGAUCCAAGAUACAUUUAUCUACAGACUCCAGCCUCGAACCGCACCUCUGUGACGACAACUUUCAUAAUACGACCUCCACUGCGUCCCCGCAGACGACCUCCCACGACAGCAUUCGACGGCAACGACAUGACAAGAUGGAUUACGCUGCAUCGAAUUCCCAGUUAACUUUGCCAGACGGGUCCAAUUUUAUGUAUAAAAAAUGAGACAACCACCACAACUGAUAUAGAGCUGUCUGUAGUAAUGAAUUGCAUUGCCUCGUACAUAACAUGUAAUCAAGCCUCUGAUUCCAGGG